AACACAUUGACCGCAGUCUUUGCGAUAGUCAGUAAAUCACUUCAGAGAGAUUAAAAAUUAUCUCGCAAUGGUUUGCUCGCAGCUCAAAAUUAAAUGAAGUAGACUUAUGGCCUUUUGAAAAAUGAGCCGUAUGCCACGUUAAAAAAAAAUCACAUCAAACCACAACACUUUAAAACGUUUGCGGUGACAUGAAGAAUGUCUGACCUGUCUUCGGUUUCCAUCCAGGUACCGAAACAUGUCCAGAGGGAUGAUACCAAUGACUUCCAAAAUCCGAGUACGGAGGUCAUGAAGAUUCCACGCUGCAAUGACGAACACCCUGCACUUCACGUAGUCCAUGAACCCUGUUGUGGGCUGCCAGAAGAACGUGGAGGCAUAUUCAUGGGUCCAUCACAUCCAAGCCAGUACCAUGGAAACAUUCAAUUCAGUGUUUUCCAAACAUCCACCAGCGAGGUGGACCACCAUUUUGUCGUUAAGAUUUCUUCAACCUGCGGAACAGCAAAUAUUUCCUAAAUAGUGACAGUCUCAUCCGCAAACAAUAAUGGUCCAGUUAUCUUUUCACACAUGAGGCUACACCAAAUGUUCACUUUUGGGCGAUCUCGUACGUUUUCCUUCACACUGUGUGGAUUCUGUGACCACCAAAUGCUAACACUAUGCUUACACUUGCCAAAAUGCAGGUUUCCAAUCAGUUCAGUUAAGCAUUUCAGAUGCAAAUUCAUAUUGCCAUUGCUUGUCAUUGUGCUGUAUGGCAUGGAGAAUCUAUUAAUGGAUUUAACCUUGCAUACCACAGCACCAUUCUCCUGAACUCACACCAUUUUCGUUCGGCCAGAGAACAAUGAAACAAUUAAAAUGUACCAGAUGUUGACAAAAACUAGGCAGCAA